AUGUCUCAAGCAAACGCCGCCCGUAUGCAUAACCCCUCUCCGUCCCCGUCAGCUCUUACGCAAGCACCCAUUACGAAUGCCUCGCGUCGCAUCCGCCGUCGUGCCGCGUCUCCCCCUGCAAAGCGCAGACGGACCGCCUCUUCUACGGAAGAUGCUGAUUCGGUUUCACCGCCUGCGUCGCCAUCCCCGGAACUUCGCCAACCUCCCUCUCAAGCCACCGCUCCGCAAGGUGCGAAAUGGUUCCGCAAACCGUCAGUUGUCUGGUAUAGAGGUAACGACCUCCGCGUUGAGGACCAUCCCGCGUUACUAGCCGCUUCCCAAAGAGGCGGCCCGGUAGUCCCUCUCUUUAUAUGGGACCCGUCUGACAGCUUUGGCUCAGAUCUGGGUCAUGUGAAGCAAUGGUGGUUACGAGAGUCUCUUAGCUGCUUGCAACGCGAUUUGAAGCGCCUCGGUGUCCAGCUUUAUACGCGAACGGGAAAAUCCACAGAAGAACUGCGCAACUUUUUGUGUGAUACAGGCGCAGAUGCUGUGUUUUGGAAUCGUUGCUACGAACCGGACUUACUAACGCGAGAUGAGGAACUUAGGGAUGAGCUUCUCAGUGAGGGUUUAACAGCAGAGAGCUUCAAAGCGGAGCUAUUAGUUGAGCCAUGGGAACUGAAAAACACCGAGGUAAACCCUCGAUACGAAACGUUUCGCUCCUACAUGCGAGCGUGGAUGACCUUUGCCCCACCCCCAGAACCGUUUCCAUGUCCCUCUCGGUUGACCGCCAUAACCAGUGAGGUGAAGAGCGUUGGAAUAUCUGCACUGGCCUUUGACAUCCCUCACACUCUCGAAGAGGUACUGCAAAAGACGUGGACACCAGGAAGCGUACAGGCGAACGCUCAAUUGGAAAAAUUUCUCAUCGAAGUGUUUCCGGCUUUCGGCGAUAAUAGGUGCCGACGUCACUUCGACGGAACGAGCAGACUUAGUCCUCAUAUUCGCUUUGGGGAACUCAGUCCGAGGCGCAUGUAUCAUUCAACGAGAAUGCGCGUCUCGCGAUGGGAUCAGGGGAGCAUGCUUUCUUUAGCUGCAUCUAGAAAGUGGUCAUUGGCGAUGUCGAACGGUGGCACGAAGCAAGAGUGGAAGAGAGCGAGCUUACUUGAGAGUCUAGAGAGCGGCAGAGAAGUGAAUCGCGAGCGGGAACCACAAGGUGAUACUCGCAGUUCCCCCCUCACGAGUGGCACGCAUGCCAAGCAAGAAGAAAGCGUCGGCGACAAAGGGGGGAGAGGAAGACCUCAGCCCACGCCCCCAGAAAAACCGCCAAAGACUAACUUUCGCCACAUGAUGCGAUCAGCAGCGGCCGUGCAGAGGCCAGCCCUUCCUCCAAUCUCUCAAUCAGCUCGGGCAUUCUUGAGAAAUCUAUGUCUCAGAGACUUCUCGUACCACAUUCUAUUUCACAAUCCCGAUUUCCACGCCAAACCUCUUAUUCCAGAGUAUGUGAAUUUCCCUUGGGCCGAAGACAAGGGCUCUUUCACGGCCUGGCAGACAGCGAAGACGGGGUAUCCGAUAAUCGAUGCUGCAAUGCGAGAGUUGCGGGCUACCGGGUGGAUUCACAACCGAAUGCGUUUCUUAUUGGCAUGUUUUCUAACAAAGUACUUACUACUUCCGUGGUCCCGAGGAUUGAAAGAGUUUUACGGACUGCUUUUGGAUGGGGACCAUUCUUCGAAUGCGUUGGGAUGGCAGUGGACCGCGGGUAGCAAUACAUAUGCAGCCACUUUAAGAAACUUGUUAAACCCUGUCAAAUCGGCCAGUCAGCAUGACCCUCAUGGUAGCUAUGUAAGGCAGUGGCUUCCCGAACUGGCGAAUCUACCAACAAACUUUGUGCAUGAACCAUGGAAGGCACCCCCUGAUGUGCUGCAUGCAGCAGGGGUAGAACUGGGUACCACAUAUCCGAACAGAAUCGUGAUGUUGAAAGAAGCGCGAGUGAGAGCGUUCGAAGCCAUGCGGCUAAUGAGGCAGAUUUUCUCCGCCUCUGGCGUUUCAAGGAAACUUGAGGUAGAGGAUGAGGAAGAUCUGGUGAUGGGAUGGCGAGAAGAUCACUCUGAAGUAUUUCCUGUUGAGGAGUCUGCAGUUACAGGAACGAAAAGGACUUUGCUUCCGUGCCUGUGGGCUCUCCUUCAAAGUGACCAGGAGCCUACAUAUCUAUCUAACUCUUCAUCCGGAAGCGACCCGCUGAUCGCCAGAGAUACUGCCAGUUUGACAGAGGGUGCACUCGCUGUUCCCAUGGACGAUCAACAGGAAUCGAUUGAGAACGCGCUACUUACCGCUCACAAUCACGGUCCUCCGCCGGAAGUGCUAGUGAUACCAUUGGAAGCCGUAACAGCAGAUGAUCAAGCUUUGGGUGAUCCGAUUUAUCCACAAGAGAAAAACUGUGAAACUGAAGGCAUGAUGGUUGGGCCAGGCAGUGAUAACCUUCCGGUUGGUCAUCUUGGUGAACCACUAAAGUAUCAUGACUCGGAGGUGUGUGCUUUCCCUGAGAGUGAGAACGUUUCCGAUCGCCAAGCUCCAAUGGAAGCCGAUGGGUCCAGAGUUCGAACAGAUUCAGCCCGCGCAAGGACGCGACCCCCUGACACGGUGCAGGUGGGAGCUCCAAACACAUGCCGCGGUUCUGCCGCGCAAGCCCUCAACCCCAGUGUUCCCUUCCCUCACCAACCUCAAUAUCAACUACAGCAAUUUCAGCAGUUGCAGCAGCUACACAAAUUUCAGCUACAAAAUCACAUGCACGUUCAUCAACAACAACAGCGGCAGGAAACGCAACAGCACCAACGAGCGGCACAGCAGCAACGCACAUCUCAGCACACUUCACCACACCAACACAUACAUUACCCAAAUUCCGCCCUGCCACAAAGACAACAGCCGCAUGUGCAUGCUAUGGCGGAUGCAAUAUACGGUCAGCAGGGUUGCAGCAACGGAUCUUUACCAUCCACAUCUCUCGCCGGUGUUCCCAUGCCUGGUGCGCCAGUCAUGAUGGGACCCGCGACGGGUAGUCAGGACUUGAGCGCAAAUGCCAUGUUUACUGGUGGAGACCGCGGGAGCUCGGUUUAUGCUCAUCCUUUGGGUUUCGGUCAAUUCUACGGGUUUCCGCCAGUUAUGCCGAUCCUGAAUGCGCCUGCUGCGAACGGCGGUGAACGAAAUGACGGUAUUUUGUCGUCUGCAACGACAGACAUGUCUAAACUACCUGCACCUGGAAUGAUGGCAAUGCCAUACGGAAUGUAUCCAGGGAAUAUGUUUGAACAAAACGUCCUCGGAGGAGCCCACCAAGCCGGCAACAACCACUACGCAUCGUCACUGCCUCAAAUGCAAGAUGGGCGCCAGAGUCCAUACAGAUAUUCUCCUCAGAUGUACUUUCCGCAUACAACACCAGAAAUUUCCCCGGCACAGGGAAAUGGACACGUUCCCCACCGGCCCUCCCCCUCCAUUCCGCCCCAAAGUCGGCACCUCGAUAUGCCCUCAGUUGCAAACGCGCCCAAUGCAACAGCAGCGGCUGCAGUCGCUGGGAGGGAAAGAGAAGCGGCACAGGUUGCGUCGUCAAACGCAAAUACCCGUACCCUGCCUAAAUCAGAGCAGUUGACCGACGUGGCGCGCAAUACUCCCGGGCUCAAGCCCGGGUUUGGGGUCGCAAGCCGAUCUGUGGACACGACAAAGCCUUUGAAUUCCAAGGUGACUAACGCAAAUACCAGACUGGGUCAAGGACGUCCGAGAGGGAGGAAUAAUGCAAGAUCCAAGGCUGCACUAAAACGAAAGGGGUCCGCCUCGAACGGAAUUGCGAAGAACCGAAAUGAAGUUAAGAGCUCUUCAAACGGGAGAGGGCAAGGGUCUGAGGGAAGAUCUUCUACUGCACAGGAGAAGGGCCCGAAGGAAGACACUCAGCCUCAAGGCACAACUUUGAAAGCGCGACAGGAAAUGUUGGCAUCUGUUUUGGGGAAAGAAGAUCAUCAAUUUCACGGUUUCGCUAAAUACCUGUCAUCCACAUACGAGCUUACUGCGAGCACAGACCGGAAGACUUCGAAGGACUACAUCCGGCUUUGCAACCUGAAGGACGAUUACCACAAACAAUGCAAAUCGGAUAAAUUGAAAAUCUAUGGGAUCAAGUCCUUCUUCUCAAAAGUAUUGAAUCUGGACGUCACAGGAGAGUGGGACAGGCACAACCAUGGCGGUGUGCGUGGUCCAUAUGUCUACGGAAUUAGACCUCGUAGGUCGACAAAUCCGUCGUAACGGGUGCUCCUUUGUACCAGGCCCUUAUAUUCUGUGGUAACAACGGUAACUCUUUGUGUCAAACGCGUUUGUUGAUGACUCUAAGAAAAUGCUGCGUGGCUCUAAUUCAACGCCUGACUAGACCAAUCUGUCGUGGCGGAGGAAUCAUGCGAAUCAACUCUGGGACUGUGAUCACAGCCGGGAGCUCUUUAGGAAAAUCUAAAAAAAAACGAGAGUUGCCGCCGUAAGGACAACUCUCAGAACUGAUCAUAGGAAACCACACCUAUUUGUAUAUAGCACCGAGAGCAUGCUUCAACUUAAUUUUCAACUUGAAUAUUGUUCGGCCAACUCGGCGCCCGGAUUUUGACUACUGCUGAGUGUCAGAGCCCCGGAUGCUGCACCCCUGCACAAGUAACAAUAUUGUAAAGACACAGGCCAGAGCA